AUGCAAUCUCCGCGUCUCGGAGCCUCUGCUUUACCCAUGAUCCCCCACUCCCUGCCCCUUCCCACUUCAACCCCUCCCCCCACAACACUCUCCGCCCCCCCCUCCCCCUCUGAGGGCGGACCCCCGCCCUCCCACGAGCUCAUCCUCCACCUGCACCCUCCCCCUGCUCUCCCCCCCCCUCGCAGACUGCUCCUUCUUACGGAACCCCCCUCCCUGCCCCCUCCCAACAUACCCCCCACUUUUGGUGUUUUUCCUCCCAGGGUCUCCCCAGAGGACGGCCCCUCUGCCCACCCCCAUGCUGGCAUGGAGACGCUCCCCUCCCCCUUUCUCACCCCCCCGUUUCAAACAGCACCCUCCCCUGCUUCCCCCACACUCCGACUCCUCCCCCCCCUUCCUCUCUCCCGAUCCCCCUCCUCUCCUCUCCCCCUUCCCUCAAUCCCGCCUCCCCCCCCCCCCCUCACUCUUUUCACCCCCCACCCUCUCAGGGACCCACUUGCAACCGUCCCCAGUGCUCUGACCGGGCCGCCCGUCCCCCAACGAGGCUUCCCCCCUCUGCCAGCAGCCCCCUCCCCCCGGUCUCUCCCGCACUGCUCCCAAGCAGGCCGCUCCACCUCCCUCUGGUCCCUUCUCCCCCCCCGCCUGGGCCUCCGAACAUUCCCGCCCCUCCCCCGCGCCUUCCCCCCCUCCCUGCACCCCCGUCCCCCCGCUGCCAUUCAGCCCACAUGCCCCCCCCCCUCUUGGUCCUCACCCUCAUCUCCCCCACCUGCCCCACCCCCCCAACUCUCCCUGCCCCCCUUAUUCCUGCACCUCCGUCCACCCCCUCGCCCCCCCUACUCCCCCCUCCUCCCCCCAACCGCUCCCUCUCUUGCAGGCAACCUACUGGGGAGUCAUGUCGCGCCGACCGCUUUCCGCAACGACCCCGGCCUCCUCUACAUUGGGCUGGACGACUGGAUCGAAGUCUGGACAUGCGCUCUCUGCGACUUCACCUGCGGCGCUGCCCUCGACAGCGCCAUGGAGCACAUUCAGUCCGACCUGCACGCCACCCGCGUGAAGGCCUCUUAG